AUGGGUUUUCACACGUGGAUUGUUUACAAAACUAUGGCGGUGCUGGACGAUGUGAGUAGUAUCAUUAUAUUAAAGCACGGCAGACGAUUCAACAGACCUCCACCUUCCAAAGCGAUAUACGUUCUUCUUCGGCAUCGAUAUUCAGAAAUUCUGAGACAGCAAUCGGAUUGUUUUACCGCAAGGAACUGCGUUUUAAUCGAUGACAAAAAUCACUCCGGCGACAAUUACACGUUAUUUGACGCUGUCAUGUUCGGCCAAGAGUCCUCAGGACUGACUAAUAGCCCAGGGAAACCAUUCAAAGCCCUGAACGUCUUUACUUCAACGUUUCCACCGGACAGCGAAGCUGUCUGCGAUAUAAGCUAUGAUGAUUUUUUCAAUUUAACGUUUUCUUAUCGUCUAGACUCAGACGUUGUCUUGAAACGUUUCGUGGUGCGUAAGCCUAAUGGGGACAUCAUUGCACCGGGGGUCGCGCCACCGUGGGGUGCGAAUCUAAGCUCUUUAUCCAAUAGGAUAAGGUCGAUAAUAAAACGUAAAAGGAAAGCAGUCGCCUAUCUGAACUACAACUGCAAGCUGGAGAGUUCGAAAGGGAUGUACUAUAAUAAACUGGAAGAGAUCUUUACAGAAUACGCUCUAAAUGUCGAUACAUACAAUUGUUCUUACGACUGUGAUAAUGAAAGAUGUGGUGUAACUUUGCCGGAUGAAUAUUAUUUCUAUAUAAUAUUUGAGAAUUAUUUCGCUGAGGAUUAUGUCACGAACAGAAUAUUGGACGCAUAUGAUAAUUAUGUAGUUCCAAUAUUAUAUGGUGGAGCAAAUUUAAGCAGAUUUUUACCGCCGCAUUCCUAUAUAGAUGGUCGCUCAACGAAGCCGCGAGAUGUGGUUGCGGCAAUACGCGAUUCGAUGGACAACUCUACACUGUACGAGGAAUAUUUUAAGUGGAGAAACCUAUAUACGGUGGUAAAGCACCAACCGUUUUGCGACCUCUGCGAUAUUUUAAAUACGAGAGGGCGCCACCCCAAGCCAGUCGGCCGCCCAAUGGCGUCCCUCGCGCCGGCGACCUCCAGUGCAAACAGCGCCUCUCCUGAAUACCACAUAAUUGAGUGGCUCCUCGAAUCACCACUGAUCCAUCGUCGGGGUCGU